UCUUUAUGAUCAAGAAGCCCGCUUUCCCUCCGCCCAGCGCCCCCUGCCGGUUACAGCGCGGAAGGGGUCCUGGAGCGGAGUUGCCGUGGCAACGCCGGGGGGCAAUGGGGCUUCUUGGAAGGGGCGCCAGGUUGGGGAAGCUGGCUUGGCCUGCCUUAAGCAACAGCCCCUGAAGGCCUUUCUAUCCAAGUGGGGUCGGCUCCUCCCUUGGAGACGUCAGCUGGGCGGCCGUCUCCUCCAGUGGGUGGACCGGGACCGAAGGAUGAACUUCAAAUACUGGUUUCUCUUCCUGCUGUAUUUCGUGCAAGGAAUCCCUUACGGGCUGCAGUCUGGACUCUUGCCGAUCUAUUUCCGAAUCGUGGGCCUCUCCUUCACCAAGAUCAGCCUGACCAAGCUGCUUUAUCUGCCAUGGUUCCUCAAGGUCUUCUGGGCCCCCUUUGUGGACUGGUAUUUCUCCAAGAAGACCUGGCUGAUCUUCACCAUGUGCGGCUUGGCCCUGACCUGCCUGGCCUGUUCCUUCCUGACCCCAGAGGCGGACUUCCUCGCAGUGGCCUUCGCUCUGCUGCUCAUGAACCUCUUCGCUUCCGUCCAGGACGUGGCGGCCGACGGGAUCGCCAUCCAGAUGUUGGGAGCAGAGGAGGUGGGCUUUGGGAAUAGCAUCCAGGUCGUGGCCUACAAACUGGGCUCCGUCCUAGCUGGAGGCGGCCUGCUCACUUUCCUCCAUCACCUGGGCUGGGGACCCCUCUUCGUCUACCUGGCUCUGAUAUACGCCGCGGCCAUCGGUUCACCUCCAAGUUUCCUCUGGUCCCCUCCUCAGGACAGGCUGGCCAAGGACAGCAGCUUAAGCCUUCCGGCUUUUUUGCAUGAGCUUCUCCUUGUGCCGGACACGCUGUGGACCGCUGGCUUAGUCCUCAUCUACAAGUUGGGUGAACAGGGGUCGGUUUCCAUGUUCCCCCUCUUCCUCCUAGAUCACAGCUUCUCUCCCCAAAAGCUUGGCUUCUGGAACGGGAUUGUGGCCACUGCCUUUUCCAUUGCAGGCUCUUCCCUGGGGGGCCACUUGAUGUCAGACGGCAGGAAAUCCGACUCCCUGCAAACCUUGCUGGUCCUUCGCUUCUGCAACCUCCUUUUCCAGACCUGGGUGAUGGUCGCCUACACCGACCACGCAGCUGCCUUUGAAGUGGCCGCGGUGCUGAGCCUGUGCAUCCAGCACUUCAUCGGGGGCCUGAUCACCACCCUGGUCUUCAGCAAGAUGAUGCUGUGCACUCAGAAGGCAAAUUUCUCCCCACAGGCCACCCACUACAGCCUUCUGGCCGCUAUCGAGGUCCUGGGUAAAGUGGCUUUCAGCACCGUGGCAGGUAGCCUGGUGGACUGGCUGGGCUUUCCACACACCUUCGGCGUCUUCCUCGCCCUCUCCUUUGCCUCCGUGCUGUACACGGUCUGAGCCACGAUGGGCAGCGGCCGUUCUGGCAGGAUCCGUCCAGUGUCACUGGCCAAAGGGAGAGAGAGAGAGAGAGAGAGAGGUCACCUCAAAGAGAAGCCCAGGGAAGUCAUGGACGUCUCAUUAAAGCAACCGCCUCACCCAA